UUCCACAAAGCUUUGCAGAUGUCGCUGUUGAGUUUUCAGGAGAGGAGUGGGAGAUGUUAAGUAAACAGCAGAAAGAGCUACACAGGAACGUGAUGGUGCAGAACUAUGAGAACAUGAUUUCUCUAGGGUAUCACAUCCCAGUGGAGCAUCUUUUAGUAUACAUUAAGAAUGACAAAACAAUUCCGUCUGCUGCCAAUGAAGGAGGUAUAGCCGUGCAGGAAAUGCAGCUUCCUGAUACCAGUAUCAGCAUCAACAGGAGCACAGAUUGUACUGAGGUCUGGAGUCAGCAGUCAUCACUGGGCAAAUGCGUUGAUUCUGAGCAUGUUAAAGCUUUGCUGGAGAGAAUCGUGAUUACAGGACACAGCCUGAUGCCAAGUGAAAGCAAACAUCAUAACCGUAUGGAAAGCAAAGAUGAAUUUGGCAAGAAAAUUGAACUGGAAAUGCAUCUAGAACCUCAAGAAGGAAAAGAACCAUGCAGGCUUAAUCACAGCGAUAAUUUAAUACUUCACUUUAGCGGCCUGACUGAUCAGUUAAAUCACAUUGGCAAAGGAAGAAUGAAAAUGUCCGCAAUACAUAAGCAAUUAUACACUGGAAAGAAACAAUAUAAAUAUACCAUACAUGACAAGGGUUUCACAAGUAAAGUAAAAUUAGCAGCAAAUAACAUUACUCAUAUUAGACAGAAACUCUUUAAAUGUACCAGCCAUGAAAAACGUUUUACACAGAAGUCAAGAGUAGAAAAACAUCAGUAUACACACACUGGUGUAAAACCUUAUGUGUGCUACAUGUGGGAAGGGGUUUACACGAAGGGGUCACAUAACAAGACAUCAGUAUACACACACUGGGCAGAAACUUUAUAAGUGUGCUACAUGUGGAAAAGAGUUUGUAUGGAAAUGUGACAUGGUAAGGCAUCAGUAUACACACACUGGUCUGAAACCUUAUAAGUGUGAUACAUGUGGAAAGAGGUUUACACAGAGGAGUCACAUAGCAAGGCAUCAGUAUACACACACUGGGCAGAAACCUUAUAAUUGUGCUACAUGUGGAAAGGGGUUUUCACGGAAGGCUAACAUGGUAAGCCAUCAGUAUACACACACUGGGCAGAAACCUUAUAAGUGUAUUACAUGUGGAAAGGAGUUUGCACGGAAGGGUGGCAUGGUAAGGCAUCAGUAUACGCACACUGGGCAGAAACCUUAUAAGUGUGCUGUAUGUGGAAAGGGGUUUACACAGAAGGGUAACAUGAAAAUCCAUCAGUGUACACGCACUAGGGUUCUGAUGGAGAGAUGAAAAGUUAGCAAGCAAAGGAGAGUAGUAGUACUGAAAUUUAAUUUGUCCUCAA